GCCGGUGAAUGACGUUGUCGUAUAAUCACCAUAGCAACAUUCGUCGACAAGACAACUACAAACAAAAUCAUCAAUGGCGAAAACACAAGUCAUGUAUGGGAGACGUGAGGGACAAAUAAAAGGAAACAUGAAUGAUAAUCCAGUGUCAAUUAUUCCUUCAGGACUUGAUGCCAGAGAUGUAACAGUAUUACAACCAAGAGACUGGAAAAGAAUCCAAGAUGUACUAUUGAAGACAAACCAUGAAGCACAAAGACAAGAAGCUAUUAAAGCAGAGAGAGAAGAAUUACACAAUAUAUCUAAAAAUAUGGUCAAAAAUUGGGAGAAUACCAUUGAGGGGCAACGACUAAAGAAACUUGAAUCAAAGAAAAUCAGGGAAGCAAAAGAAGAGGAGGAGAAGAAAUUGAUAGACAUUGAGGAAGCAAAAUAUCAAGCUCAAAAAAGAAAAGAAGCAAUUGAGAGAGCAAAAACACUGCAGUAUUACAAAACAGACAGAGUCAAAGGCUUUCAUAGUGCGUUGAUGUUGACUGAAGUACUGAGAGAACGAGAUGCGCAAGUAAAGAUGAAGAACAAGCAAAAAAACUCUGCAAAGAAUAGAGAAAAUCACUUUUUUGAUAUUGAACAAAAGCAAAACGAACAAGGCAUACUAGAGGAGCAAGAAAAAGCGUUGAAAAGACAUAUUAAAUGUCAGGAAGUGCGCAAUUUCCAACAAUUGCAGAUCAAUGAAAAAGAAAAGAUAAAAGCUUACGAAAAGGAGAUGGACAUAGCUGAAGGUCAAAGUAUUAAAGAACAAGCGGCUGUGUACCGAGCAACGAAACAAUCAACUGAAGAGCAACGCCGUGAGCAAAAAAAGUCUUUAAUGAACAGCCAUAAAAAAGCGAUAAAAGAAAGAGUGAUGCUUCUUGAAAAGGAAAGGAAAAAAGAGGAACUAGAAAAUGAGGAAAUUCGUCUGUUUGCCAACGCCAAAAAGAAAAUGUCGAAAAUGAGGAAAGAUAGAGAAAUUGAAUUAUUUAAGACCAUGCAAGAGCAAACGGAGAAAAUACGUGAAAAGGUAGCGAUGCAGAUGAAGCAAAAAGUCAAUGACGAAGAUGAUCGUCUUGCAAAAGCAGUUGCUGAACGAGAAGCAAAAAUAGCGAAGGAAGAAGAAGCAAAACUGGAGAAAGAAUUAUUGAGCAGAAAAGCAAUUCAUCAACACAGAAUAGACACAAUAAAAGAUCGUGAUAGGAAACUGCAAGAGGAAGUAGAAAACGAUAAAUAUCUCCUCAAACUUCGUAUGCAAUCUGACAUUAAGUAUCAAAAAGAGGAAGAAAACAAGCUAGCCUUGAAACGAGACUAUUCAAAGAAACUUAAGGAUUACCACAAAGAACAAGCAAGGGAAAAAAUCCAACGUAAGAAGGCAAAAGAAACUGAAAAUCUGAACUUUGAUAUCGAAAAUGCAAAACUGAUACGAGAAGAGGAAACUAAAUUCCAGGAAUAUGCGAGUAAAGUGCUGACUGAGCAGAAAAUCAAAGAUCCCUUAGGCAAUCAUUUUCCACUAAUAAAAGUAGCGAAUGACGGUCCGGGUGGGGGACGUGGUCCUAGGUUUGAUGGAAAAAGUGGUAUUCGUCCUAGCUAUAUUGUUUGUGAUAGUUCUGGUGUACAGUUACCAAACUAUUCUCACGAUGUUACUAUACGUUGCAAAAUACAGGGUGAGCCUGGUCAAUCUUUUAAACGCCUUGGUUUUAACUGGUAAAAACAUUGCUUUAGUAAUUUGGAUAUUUCUAUGAAGUGUAAAAUUGAAUGUACUAACGGAGUUUUUUUACAGAUUAAUAAGAUGAUGAAUUCUGCUGUCCGCA